GCAACCAGCCAACUCGGACCCGACGACUCCAGAAGCUUCCUCCAUUAAUCCAAUCUAAUCUAAUCUCUCUCUAUUUAUCGCGCUCCUCUCCACCCCCUCCCUCCUGUCCCAGAUCCACGCGUUUAGGUAGCUGCGUUUAUUGACCUCUGACUCUCGGGGAGAUUUAUUGCUCUUCUUCCUGAUUCGAGCGGCACCGGACGGGAAUCGGCUAAUGGCGGAGGAGGGGUACAAGGUUACGCUGAACGUGUACGACCUGAGCAAUGGCCUCGCGCGGCAGCUCUCCACCUCCUUCCUCGGCAAGCCAAUCGAGGCCAUCUGGCACACGGGCGUGGUGGUGUACGGGAACGAGUACUACUUCGGCGGCGGGAUCCAGGCGUCGCCGGCGGGGACGACACCGUACGGGCGGCCGCUGCGGGCGGUGGAGCUGGGCGUCACGCGCAUCCCGCGCGAGGUGUUCGAGGACUACCUCCGCGAUAUCGCGCCGCGCUACACGGCCGAGACGUAUCGCCUGCUCACCCACAACUGCAACAACUUCAGCAACGAGGUCGCGCAGUUCCUCGUCGGCGCUGUCAUCCCCGACUACAUUCUCAACCUCCCGGCUGAGGUCAUGUCCAGCCCCAUGGGCCCGCUCAUCAUGCCCAUGAUCCAGAACCUCGAGGCCACGCUCCGCAACAACGUCGCGCCGCAGGCCACGCAGUUCGUUCCCACGCCCGCGUCAGUCUCCGUGUCCAGUAAGGCCGCGCCUCCGCCGCCCCCCUCGGAGAAGACCACAACGCCUAGUUCCACCACGGCCGCGGGCGCCGGCGCCAAGAGAGAAGAACCUGCGCCGGCGGCGGAGAAGGCUUCUCCAAAUGAUCCGCUCGGGAACGCGAGGGGAAAGGUGCAAGAGGAGGUGAUGCGGGAGUUCGCGGCGAUCAUGGCUAGCGGGACGCUGCGGGCGAGCGAGGCGGCGGCGCUGGCAAUGCGACGGGUCAUGGAGCGCCACGGCAACGGCGCCACAAUGCAGCAGGGCUAGACGCUACACUCUGGAUGCUUGCUGCGACGCGCUUUGCAAACAGCAUCAGGCUGUAACGCAUUGCAGCAGAUUGAGAAUUUCUGCUACUCCGUGCCGCUGCCGCCGUAUGAAAACUACGACUAUGUUGUCUGUCUGAUUAUUUUGGUUGUUCAUUGCAACCGGACUGCCCGUACCUUUUUCUUAGUUCAAUCAAAAAUACUAAUUUUCUAAAAGAUCUCUUAAAUCAAAGAGGAUUGGUGGGUACUUUAGGUUAAUUAAUUUGCACCGUUGGAUGAUUAAUUUCACAAGAUACGUUAAUUUUAUGUUCUGAAUUGUUACUGCCU